UGCCUCCUUUUACCAUUGGCCAAUGUACAUUGCUUUCUAAAGUAGACCAUUGGGUGGAAUCCCUGAAGUCACGUUUUAAAGAGGUUUUUGAGGACUCUUUGGGCACCGUAAAAGGAAAGAUGGCCCACCUCCUCUUGAAGCCUGGUGCUACACCUCGUUUUUGUAAGGCAAGAUCAGUACCUUUUGCCUUGCGGAAAAAAGUGGAAGCAGAGCUGGACCACCUAUUGGCUGAAAAGAUCAUAACGAAAGUGGAUAGAAGUGAAUGGGCAUCACCAAUUGUGCCUGUCAAGAAAAAGAAUGGAGACAUUAGGAUUUGUGGUGAUUUCAGGGUAGCUCUGAACAACCAACUUCUUGUGGAUCAAUACCCAUUGCCUCGACUUGAAGAUUUAUUUGGCUCACUGGCUGGGGGGCAAAAGUUUACAAAAAUAGACUUAAAGCAAGCUUACCUGCAACUGCAAGUACACCCAGAUUCACGCCAUCUGUUGACCAUUAACACUCAUAAAGGAUUAUUCCAGUAUAACCGCAUGGUUUUUGGCAUAGCCCCAGCUCCAGCCAUCUGGCAGCGGAUCAUGGAUGAGGUACUGGCAGGAAUACCUUUCACCCAAUGUCUACUGGAUGACAUGCUCAUCACUGGUCCCACUGAUGAAGAACACAGAAAGAAUGUUGAAGCUGUGCUAGGGAGACUCCAAAAGUAUGGUUUACGUGUCAAUCUGUCAAAAUGCGAAUUUCUCAAGUCUCAACUGGAGUUUUGUGCCCACACGGUGGACCGUCAUGGGUUACACACUACUGAAGAAAAGGUUAAAGCCCUUACCCAUGCCCCUACCCCCCGGAAUGUCACCCAGCUCAGGUCCUACCUUGGCCUCCUAAAUUACUACCACCGUUUCUUGCCGAACCUAGCGCACCAGCUCUACCCAUUACAUCGCUUACUGGAUGCAAGAGCUAAAUGGAUAUGGACAGACAAAUGUGAAGAAGCUUUUCGGCUUUCUAAAGAACUCAUUCUGUCUUCUCGAGUUCUGGUCCACUAUGAUUUAAAGAAACCCGUCAUCCUGGCUUGUGAUGCCUCGCCUUAUGGACUGGGUGCAGUGCUUUCCCAUGUCAUGCCGGAUGGCACGGAGCGCCCCAUUUCUUUUGCCUCCAGGUCUUUAACCUCAGCAGAACAAAACUACUCCCAGAUUGACAAGGAAGCUUUGGCCAUUGUAUGGGCCACAAAAAAAUUUCACGCGUACGUCUAUGGUCGGGAGUUCACACUUAUCACUGACCACAAACCUCUGUUGUCAAUACUGAACCCUCAGAAAGGAAUUUCUACAACAACCGCAUCUCGCUUACAAAGGUACGCUUUAUUUUUAGGAGCUUAUGCUUAUUCGAUCAGAUACCGCUCCCAUGAUACCCAUGGCAAUGCAGAUGCAUUUUCCAGAUUGCCACUAAGAGAUGACCACCCACUAAGAGAGGUACGUGUAGUGGAAGUACACAGGCCACAAUCUUGCAUGUCCACCUCCCUGAUUGCCAGACAUACAGCCACAGAUCCUUUCCUGUCUCAGAUAUUCUCUUAUGUUCAGACUGGAUGGCCAGGGAGUGUUUCAGGUGACUUUCGUCCGUACUUUGCCAGAAAAUGUGAGCUUGUGACUAAUGCUGGUUGCCUACAAUGGGGCAAUAGAGUGAUUGUACCCCAGUACUUGCAAUCAACCAUGCUAAGGAUACUGCAUGAAGGCCAUCCGGGUGUGGUGCGCAUGAAGCAGCGGGCCCGGAGCUAUGUUUGGUGGCCACAAAUGGAUACAGCAAUUGAAGAUUAUGUUGCUCAAUGUCCUGGGUGCUGUCAAGCCCAGCGACCCCAAAAGAGAGGAACCCUGCAACCUUGGCCAUGGCCAACAGAACCGUGGUCCAGACUCCAUCUUGAUUUUGCUGGCCCCAUCCAGGGUAAAAUGUAUUUGAUCGUGGUAGAUGCACAUUCAAAAUGGCCGGAGGUUUUUUAA